CCGUUUUUAUUAAAAAUAUUAUACUUUUAAUUUCAACAAAGUUGGAACUCAUUCAAGGGAAUGUGUAAUUUAGUUUGUGCUUGCCUUUUAAUCCUUACAAAAUAUAUAAAAGACGCGAAAUGGGGGAAGCCACUUAUCCAGAUCUGGAGAAAAUGUGUAGACUAUGUUUACGUAUUUUGGAUCAAUCAGAACUCGUAGAAAUUUUUCCACAAAGUGGAGCAGCCACAGACGGCACUUCGGUGCAGCUGUCAAUACCAAUGCGUAUUAUGGCGUGCGCCGCUUUGGAAGUGCAAACAGGCGAUGGAUUGCCGAAAUCAAUAUGCACAGAAUGCCGUUACCAAUUGGAAAAAUCAUACUAUUUUCGCAAACGUAAUCAACAAUCCGAUAGCAAAUUGCGCAAGCAUAUACGUCUUCUAAAUUUGGGCAAAAAAAGUCGUGUCUUCGAGAAAACGGAAGAUGAUGAUUUUGAAGAUGAACUGGAGUUCGAGGAUUCUAUUAAAUUUAUACAGAAAAUCGAGGACGAAAAGAAAGCGUCAGAAACGGCUGUAUGGGAACAAAAAUCACAGAAAGAGCUUAAUGAAAAGAUUGCUCAAGCCAAAUCGGAAUGUAUUGAAAAAUAUAGAAUAGAUAUACGGGGUGAAGUAGCAAUUGAGUUACGUAGUGCCGUCAUAGCUGAAGUGAAGGAAGAAUUAAGAUGUGAAAUGGAACAGGAAUUACGGACGGCUCUACGCGAAGAAUGUUUGGAGCAGGCAAAAGAAGAAUUGCGCAUGGAUGUAAUGGCAGAAUGUCGUGAACAAGAACGAAUUGCAUUAUUAGAUGAUUUGCAGUCUUUUUUAAAUACCAAAAGAGGAACAAACUUGGCGACUAAAACUGACACAAUAAUAGUUUCAACAGUAAUUGAGCAGCCUGAAGAAACAAAAAUACAACAACAAAAGGAAACAAGUGAAAUUGUAAGAAUUGUGGAAAAAGGAAGAGCAUCAGCAUCGCCAGUUAAAGGCGAAAUCGUAAAUAAUGAUGAUAUAUGUGCAGAAACAGAAGCCGAUGCUGAUGCUGAAGGGGAAACGGAAGAAGAGCCAGAAUUCUAUUUAAUAGAGUCAAUUAAUAGCCAAGAAGGCGAAGGUUCCAUGGUGUCCGAAAAGUCAUCCAGGAAACGUCAAAAGAUAGAUAAGAGUCAACGGUUUGAGUAUUUCGAGGAUAGAUUAGGAAGUGGAAAUUUUCGUUUAACAGCCUCGGAAAGUAGUAGUCAUGAGCCCGGCACGGAAUCAUAUCACAUUGCAGACACUGGCGAUGUUCAAUAUUACAAAAAAAGUUCAAAAAACGUUGACGAAGAUGGUGAAUGUGAGGAGUUGGAGGGGGAAGAAGACGGUGACAAUGAGGAAGGUGUUAUAGUUUUUAAUUUCUCUGAUGACAUUGAGGGCGAACAAGUCGAGUCCAUGGACUUUGCAGAUCUUAAGAAACUAUACGUAAUGAAGUCGUCAAAGCCAGAGCAAAGUGUCGACGAUGAGAAUGAAGUGCCCAAAUCAGACGCCAAACCGACGUUUACAAAACAAAUAGGGGUAGACGGCACAAAUACCGUCGAGUUGGGCAAUACCGUUGAAUUUCCCGUGCAUCUGCGAAAAACGGAUACACCGAAGACGUUCAAAUGCGAUUCAUGUCCCAUGGUUUUUUCCACCAGCAAUGCGAUGAAUCGUCACCUGCGCACACAUCUCAAAGGCGAGCAGCGUGGCAUAACCUACCAGUGUUCCGUGUGUCUUGUAUAUUUAUCCUGCAAAAGCGCGCUCAAUCGUCAUAUGAUCAUACAUACGGGCGAAAAGCCACAUGUGUGUGACGAAUGUGGCAAAUCAUUUGUGCAACGUGAAGUGCUAAAGCGACAUAUGUUAACGCAUACGGGCGCGCGGCCGCACAAGUGCACACAUUGCCGACGUACGUUUACGCAAAAGAACAAUUUGAUCAAUCAUAUAAACCGAGCGCACUCAGAAGUGCCAAUGGGACAACAAUACUCUUGUCAUCUCUGCCCGAAACGUUUCAGCCACACAUCGGGUCUUAGUCGACAUCUGGUAACGCAUACCGGCUUGACAUUUCAAUGUACCGAAUGUAAGCGAAAAUUCGCCGAUCGCUCAUCGGUCAAAAGGCAUAUCGUAAAUGUGCAUGGCGUACGGAAGAAUGCAGCAAUAGAAAGUGUGAAAAAAACGGAUGGUCAGACAUCGGAUUUAGAAUUUUACUCCGUUGAAUGUGUCGAUAGCGUUGAAACAAGCGAAGAAAACGGUGCAGCAUUUUUGCAUCUUUGAACGUUCAACUUGAUUAAGAGGCCAUCAACUUGUUAUGCGCAGUAACAAAUUCUUUUAUUUUUUACACAUCAAUUUGUUUAUAACUAGUUGUAAUUUAUAGAAUUUGAAUUAUUUCAAAUAUGUAUUUCGUUUGUACAAAAAUUAAAAGGAUAAAAAAAUUAAAACGAUAAAAAAAUUAAAAUUUCGUCGACUUGAUUCUUGCCUGCAGCGCAAUUGUGCUAUGAUAUGAUAUUGGUUUGGAGGUGAGCAGAAGAGCAUAUAAAAGAAAACAUUCCUUUGAAAACAUUGUUCUCCAAAUAAUCCUUAACUAAAUUUAUCUAUUCGCGACGCUAAUUUACUGCUUUUGAAGUAGUACGCAAUCUUAGGAUGACCAAGAAAACAUUUUCAUUCGCCUUACCAAAACGAUGUUUGCUGACACACUUUUCGUAUACAAAUUUUAAUGUCUGCUCUAGUGAAUAUAAAUCUUGCACCUGUGACCAAACUUGGAAUAUUAAUAAGUAUUAUGUAAUACAAAUAAAUAAUAAUGCAAAUUAAAUAUUUUAGUUGUAAGAACUUUUCAAAAACACAUUUGUUUAAAUUCAUUUUUGACAACAAGUGUAAACAAAUCCUUACGCUCCACUGACAAUGUCAACAUUGGAAUGACACAUUACUGAUACCUUGCAGCUCAACACAAACAAUUUUGACGUUAAAUCGUGUGCAUAAACAAACAGCGCUUAAAUUUAAUUUUAAAAUAAGAUAAGAAACACAUUUUUAAGAUUUUAAUAAAUAUGCAAUUUUUUCUAUUUAUGUAAUCAUAUAUGUAGAAUUAAGAUUUUGUAUAUGUUUUACAACAUAUACAUACAUACAAACACGCACAUGUGUACAAUUAACAAUUGAUAUUCUUUUUCUCACAGAAGCUGUUAAAACGUUAAAUUGUAUUAAAUUGUAUAUAAAUAACUUAAUAUUAUCAAUACGCAUAUUACAAUAUAUUUGAAACAUUUACUUGUAUGUAUAUGUAUAUAAAUAUGUAGCUUAGGCGAAAUUCCUAACUAACUAUUCGUACAACAAUGCAAAAAAUUGUAGAUUUGAGAAAGUCAUACAACUACAGGGCUUACGCAAUACUUUUGCUAGAACAAAUUUCCGAUAUUUUUGGAAUUUUCUUAUGUAAAAAAACAAGAAACAGUAAUGGAAAACAAAACACAAAACAAAUUUAUAAUAAAUGACAUGCAUACAAUAUUUUAAAUAUUUAACUUAACUAGUGGAAGUCAGAAAAAGUGUGAUUUCUUGAAUGCUUUCGUAAAUACUUCGGUUUCUCCUUAUCAAUUGGUU